AUGUGGCCCUACUUUGGCAUACAUGCUGUUCUUCUAAUGACUGCUACCUUGAGUCCAUCGACUGCCACAGCAUGGAGUGGAAAAGAUGCCACUGAAGAUGUCUACCCCCCCCUAUGGGACCUUGCCCAUGACAGCCUGCUGGAUUUCCCAGUAAAGGACAACAAAACUGUCAUCAAUGCUUGGAACUAUCCAGAACGACUGGGAAUGUAUAAGAUCUUGCUAAAGUCUUCAGCUAAAUAUUUUACAGCCUUUGGAUCCCAAAAUUUUGGCAAUAUUCUCUGGGGAUUACCACUGCAGCACGGGUGGCAAUUUCGUACAGGCAGAUUAGCAGAUCCUUCUCAUGUUACUCCCUGUGGCUAUGAAGAUGGAGACCUCCUGUGCAUAUCUGUAAGAAGUUGGUGGUCCUGUAUGAAUUACUACCUGGCUGUCAUACCCUUUCUAGGAGCAGUGGAGGCUGGCCUCUUUGGGCAGCUGCAGUACCAGAUAGAAAUUUUGCCACCAGAGGAGGGAGGAGCUGAUUUCUGUUACAGCACUGCUGACUGCUGGUCUCGCUAUCCCAAGCUCAUGGAUGAGUGGAAGGCCUAUUUUGAAUACCUGUUGUCUACAGAACACAAAGCCAAGAGCCCUGCAGUCUUCUCCUCCUUUGAAAUGGAUGAAGCCCUUCGUCUCAUGUGGAGGGCACAUGUCAGCUCCAUUGCUUAUGCACUGCCCAAGUUCAAGGACAGAUUAAAAUACUUCUCUGAUCCUGAAGCAAAUUUUGGUGUAGACUGGGCUAAUGCUGUAGAUUUCAUUGCAGCCACACACUUCUCUACAGAUUUACAGAACACAAACCACUUCCAGGCUUUCCUGCCCCCGAGGAUGCUCAUUGAAGGGGAUGAUGACCCCUCAAACAUUAGUGACUUCAGUCCGCAGCAAAGUACUGUCCUGUUUUCACUGAGAGCUCUUCAAAAAGCAAAUCGAUUAACAGGAGGACUGAUGCUGAAGCUCUGGAGAAAGGUUAUGUCUACUGAAGAAGGAAGAAUACUGGGCCGAAAUCUGAUUGAGGACUUGAUUUCAAGCUAG